UGCAAGAGAACACAUUUUCUACAGAGGCUCACAUUUCCUACUUUGUGUUUGCAGGUAAACGGCGGGAUUCGGUCGCAGCUGGAAAGAGAAGUUCUGCAAUACAACUACCACGCCUCCUUCUUCGACAUCUUUGUCCUGGCGGUCUUCAGGUUUGCGGUCCUCAUCUUGGCGUACGCCGUCUGCCGGCUCCGUCACUGGUGGGCCAUCGCGAUCACGACUGCAGUCAGCUGUGCUUUCCUGAUUGUUAAAGUCAUUUUAUCAAAGCUGCUGUCUCAGGGUGCGUUCGGGUACCUGCUGCCCAUCGUCUCCUUCGUGUUGGCCUGGAUAGAAACCUGGCUGCUGGACUUCAAGGUUCUGCCGCAGGAGAACGAGGAGCUCAACCGGUUUCAGUCCCUCAUGGACGCAGAGCGAGCUCCUCUCAUGGGUCCCGGCCCGUUAUCUGACGGUCAGUUCUACUCUCCACCGGAGUCUGUGGCAGACUCUGACGAGGAGCUGGAUGAUAAACAUGAUCCAGAGAAAGAUCUCAUUCAGCAGCUGACCUAACAGGAUCUGCUCUCCUGGAGAAACUCUGCCUUACACAUUCAGCCAUUUUACUUUUUAUUUGCCUCUGAGAAGUCUCUGUUUAUUCAUACCCACAAUGCACCUCUCUGUCUAAUAUCAGUCUUCUGCAUGUGCACCUGGGCCUGGAGAAAGAGGCACAUGUUCCUUUUCACAGGGUCUUCUUCCUCACAUUGAAUAUUCUCUGGUGCUCGAAGGAGAAUUCAUAUCAUCGGAUAUUUAAACACCUAACUGCACGCAGAGUUCCACUUCUUUACAGAUUGAAUCGGUGCAUUUGACAGGGUUUUUACUCGAUGUUUGAUAAAAACACUGUUCAUUUCUUCUCUUAGGUAUACAUGUCUUUACUUUUUUAUGUGUUUUCAUAAGCUUGGGUUUCAAUUUACUGUAAAAGAAAAUAAGCUUGCUCCAAAAAACUCUGCAAAAAGUAAAUGAAGGAUUCUUUUUUUUCUGGCCAGUUUUGAACCGUUGGACCUGGUGUGUAGCAAAUGUGAUUUUAGUUAACGGAGCAAUGCACUUAAACUGAGUAUAUGAAUUGUAAACUGAUCUAAAAGAGAUGCUGUUAAACACAUGUGGAGCUCAAAAGUAUAUAAAACAUGUAUAUAUGUAUUCAUGCAUGCCUUACAAGCCGAGUGAUUUUGUUUUUAUGGAAAAGUCUGGAGAAUGGAAUCAUUAAAAUGUGAAAUCUG